GCAUAAUGUUUUGCAUAAUAAUCGUUGGGCCGUGAAGAACAAACAAGCCCUAUAACUGCCAGGAAGUAUCUCAUUAUGCAUUGAAUAUUAUGUAUGCCUCUUCUGGACUGGAAUGCUCACGCACUUAACCAUAGCUCCUUGAUCAUGGAGGAAUAGGAACAGCCUCCAUGCUAUGACGUAGGGCAUAUUCAUCACGUUGAGCAUGUAGCUAGACCAUUUCUUCAUGCUUAUACAUGUGUAAAUGUACUUUAGUACCAUGUUCUUAUAGCUCCAUGAGCAAGCAUACAAACGAUGCGGGGUAGUGCAUUAGCAUAAUGUUACUCGCUCUUCGACUCAAUCGAUGUGCCAUAAGCCGGUCUUGUCUUUGCAAGUCUCGUUAACUCUCCAGCAUGCAACGCAGAUUAGUACAUGGAGGAAGUUUGUGUUCCUUCCUCCAUUACCGAAUCUCAAUCUAUUAACAUAAGGGAACGGUUGGUAGAGUCACCAUGACCGUGAUUGACGCCCCCAACGGUGACCUGAUGAUGUGUCUACCGUACGAGUUACUCGAGGCGAUAUUCCAGUACCUCAGCCCAGCAGACCUAUGCAAGCUGGCAGUCUGCUGCCGUAGUUGGCGCUGUGCGCUCAACCAGGACUUUUGGUGGCGCCCUCUCUGUCGACGAAACGGUUGGGAGUACUACUACAGCACGCUGACAGACAUCAGCAAGGAAAUCCCGUACGAGCCGCAGCAAACAUGCGAUGGAAGCGAAGUCAACGGAAAGACGACCUUCCCGAUGGAUGCCAUCGUAAGAGAAGGGAAUCCAACGGGACUGCCCAGCACUUGCAAAUGGAAGGAGAUUUACCUGAAAGCGCGCCACCUAGAGGGCAACUUGGAGCACAAUCGCUGUCACGUGACCACUUUGAAGGUGUUUGGUGAUGAAGACCUGCUGGUUCAUCACGCCAGACAGAGCGGACGUCCGCACGUUCGAUGCUCAGACGGUGACGGCGAUUUGUUCACCAUGAGUUUCUCAGACGGUACCAUCAAAGUUUGGGACGUUAGAAAAGGGAUUUGCGAGCGCGUCUUUCGGGCAGUUUUGAGUGGACGCGAAAACACCGUCAAGGUUCAAAAGGGCAUAGUGGUUGCUGGGUGCACUGAAGGGAUGCUCCGGGCAUUCAGUGUAAGCAGCGGCCAAGAACUGCCUCCGAUGAAGGGACAUAAGAAGAUGGACAUUCAGUGCAUCUUCUUUGACGGUGACAUGGUUGUCAGUCAAGCUGUUUCCGAUGAUGACAUUCGUGUCUGGACCGUCAGUGACGGUAUUUGCCGGCACGUCUUAGCCAGUCCCGACUCGGAGUCCAAACUUAAAGAUGUUGAUUAUCGGGGUAAGAUCGUGGCCGCUAUUUACUGUGAUAAGCAACUCCGCGUCUGGCACGCGCGCAGUGGCAGAUGCGUGCACGCGUCGAAACAAACGGACCAUCUACAGUCUUUGAAACUCGGCUACGGCACUGUGGCAAGCCUGCACCAAGAACCGGGUCCCACUGGGGUAGUUGUCCGAAGUGUCGAGACGGGGGAAUGUACGUCCAUCCCCAUCGAUGACUUCGAAAUGUCCGUAAGUCAUGUGUGGAUCCAAAACUACUUCGUGAAUGGCGGGUUAUUCCUGCGCGCGCUGCCCCAUCGCAAUUACGAAGGGGCAUACCUGACGCGCAAUCGCGACGUGCAUUUUCUAGCCAAGUUUGGUCACUUGAAGACCGUCUUUUGCUUCCAUGGAAACAGAUGUGUUCUGGAGGACAGAUACGACUACAAGAGAAAUGUCUAUCACAUAUACAAGGCCUCUGUGGAUGGGUUUAAGCUCCUUAGAACCUCGAUUCACGAAGAGGAUCAGAGUGGCAAACGCUUGACCCUCUGGAUGGAUGAUACAAAAAUCAUAUUCCAGAAUCUAGUCAAAGACAUGAACUUGUACGUCCAUCAUUACUGGUAAUCAAGCAAUUAUUGCAUUGAGCUCGUGCCCGGUGGGUACGAUCUUGCUGCGCCAUGUUGUUUCCCACCAUGCCUUGCGCGAUCUAAAGUCCAGAAGUGCGCAUGCUUAGUUGGCAAAGACAAGGCCAGGGUGUACAUGCAGUGUGUGUAUGCGUGUAAUCUGAUCAAAGUGUUGAUGCAGGUGGGAAAUGGAAUGUCGAUAACAAUUUUAAGGUAAUAAUUAUUCAUAGCCACAGAAUUACGCAGAUUUCUGACGAUAUCAAGGAAAAGACAAAAUUUUGAUUUCAAAUUGUCUUUGAAAUGUAACUUGAAUUUUUUUAACAGUGUACAAUGUAUAGCAUUUUUAAUUACCAUUACCAGUAAAUUAUUUUGUACAGUUGUUUGGUAAUGCCCUUAAUUGGUUUUUAUACUUUUUAAUGCUUACUCAGCAGUCGAACACUUAUAAGCCUGUUAUGCGCAUAGUUUCAAUAAUGGUAAAGCUUAAGUUAAAAAAAAAAAAAAAACAAGUGCGAGUGCACAAUAAUAAGCUCAAGUGAAAAAUGCGACGCCGAUGUCCCAUAUGGAACGCCACACUUAUGGUCAAUUUUCGGGACAGACAGACAGACCAUCCGACGGACCGACCGACCACCAAGUGACAUGUAAAAGCUCCUGCCAGAGCUAAUAUUUCUGAUUGAUAGCUUUUAAUGAUGUUAUAAACGCAAAAGAAGAAAUGUUGGUACUAAAAGAUUUAUUUCAUGAUACUUACAAAGUUUCCCCUGGCUAUGUUUAACAAUACCAUAUCUCAGUAAAAAGGGAAUCUUUGCAAUUCUUUUAAAAACUGUGCUGUUACUAAUUUGAGAUACGUAAAGUAGAGAUACCUUGUUUUACAUUAUACAUGUAGGCCUGAUGCUAUCUUUAUGGACCACUUGUCCAGUUUACUGCAUCAUUUGUGAAAUGUAUUUAACGCCGCAGUUUGCCCUGUUCAAACAUGUUUUCAAGAGAACAUAUAAAUAUUCCACUCCAGAAACAUGAUUAUUCGGGACAAAAUUUACAAACCUUUACAGAUUUCUGGUGGUUUUUUUUAAUUUAAGUUAAUUAUUUAGUUGGUGAAAUCGGCCUAGUAUUUAUGAAUUCAUUCAAUUUCAGAAUGAGGUAGUUGCUGUGUAUUAUUUGUUUUUAUUUUAGGACUGAUCCUUACGUAGAGCUCUACUAUUAAAUAGAUUAUUGCUAGCAGAA